CUCGGCAAUUUCGCGGUGCACAGAGGACGUCUUGCCGGCGAAGGCGCAGCGCGAGAGCACGCAAAAGUGAUGAGGGUGGAAAGUUUCGCAUUUCACAUCUUGUACGUGUGAAUUACAUCCGCGAGGGGCUUGAUUGGUGGUGGUCUGAGGCGCGGAUUUUUCACCUGCGUGGAAAUCAUGCUAUAAGUGAAUAAAAGUGAAUUCUAAUUUUCUCCCAGAGUCGUGAAAGGAAUUUCCCACCAGACAGAGUGAGAGAGAGAGACCAAAAAAAAAUAUUGAGGACACCGAAGCCGGGCGAACAGCGCAGCCAAGGGUGAAGAGCUCAUGGUGAACAAGUUGGGGCCAUCAACUUUCUUUACAGUGAAAUGAAAAUGAAAAUGUCACUGGUGUCGAACAACACAAACUCUCUGGAUCCAAUCUCUGUCCACUCCAGGGUGUUUGUUGGGAAUCUCAACACGUUCCAGUGUUCAAAAACCGACGUGGAGAAGAUAUUUCAGCGCUAUGGACGUCUCCUUGGUAUUUCCAUGCACAAAGGCUACGCAUUUGUGCAAUAUGCAAAUCCCAUCGACGCCAGGAAAGCCUGUCAUGGUGAGGAUGGACGAACGGUCUUGAGUCAAGUGCUCGAUGUAAAUCUCGUGUCGGAGCCCAAGGCGCAUCAAAUUGGACGCAAGAAGCUGCAAAUGGCGAAAAUUGGACAAGACUUUUUGUACACGUCAACGCUGCUUCAGGGGAAGUUGCAGAAGCCGAUGAAGAGGCAGCGCCUCAUGCAACAGCAACAGCACAAUCGCUUGGCGGGCAUUUCAUCAAAAACUAAAUUGAAUUUGUUCCAACUAACACAGGGCUAUCAGCACCAUCAGAUCUUUUUCCAGCAACACCACAAGUCCAGGCCGAAGCCACUGUUCCGGUGGAAGCUGGAGAACGAAGAUAGUGGCACACGAGUGAAUGCAUCGGUGCAACAAGUAAAUCACAACCUCGACCGGCACAAGCCACUCAAUUUUCCAGACAACUUCAAAGUCUACAGCAAUGCCGACACUCUGAUUUGCGGCAAUUGCAGAGAACACUUCUCGGAAUUGAAGGACAUUCUCAACCACAAGAAGACGUACUGUCAACUUCGGAUGACAUGCAAAUGCCAGGAGUUCUCCAUUUCGACGAACGCAGCUCAUUUGACAAAAUUGAUUUGUAUAGUGUGCAAGGAGACAUUUACAAAUCCAUGGGAUCUCAUGGUGCACGCCCAAUCGAGUCACUCAAUCAACAUAUACGAGUUGGACGAGGAGAAUCCUCAGAAGAGUGACUUCGAGAGGGAGCGCAGUUCAACAGGUGAUCCCUCGCAAUCUUCAGAUGCAGGAGAUUCGAGUUCGGAUGAAUCUUCUGGGAAAGUGAAUUAGUGUGAGCAGAGAGCAGAAGGAAUAUUUUAUCACUUGGCAAAUGGGCGUAAUUGUGAGAUGUAUUAUGUGACAAAAUCUCUUAGAGGCACAGGAAAAAUUAUAUCAAUUCACCUAUCAAAACAAGAAGAAAAAGUAAAGAAUUAAGAAAUAAAUAUUUGAGGCUUAA